CAGCCAACUGUUUUUCAGAAUCAGGCAAACGUUCUGAAAAACUUACGAACAAACGCCUUCACAUAUUCGACACCACUGCAAAAAUGAGUUUCCUUAUCGACUCCGGCGCAGAGGUGUCGACAAUACCGAAGUGUUCAAGCUUGGCUGAAGCAUCUAAAUCGGAUACCAAAUGGUUUGCUGCUAAUGGUUCACCAAUUCAAGUAUUUGGUGAAGUCCUACUUAAAUUGAAUCUAAACUUACGUAGAGAGUUCGUGUGGAAGUUCGUAAUUGCCGACGUUUCUCAGGCGAUUAUUGGUGCAGACUUCUUAUCAGUUUUCGAUCUACUACCAGAUCUCAACCGCCAUCGACUACUUGACCGCCGCACCGCGUUAAAAACAAUGGGCUCGAUAAAGUCAAUUAAUACACCGAAUAUAUCAACUAUCAACAAGUUUCAACAAAAUCUACAUUUGUCCACCGGAUUAUUACGUCCGGACAACCGGUAUUUAGCAGACCAAGGCGGUUAUCACCUGAGAAGCUUGCUGCAGCACGAGCUGAAUUCGAGCUCUUAA